CUGAGCUAAGCAAACAGCAGUCCCACCGCAGGCGCAGAGCCCAAACGCUGUAAUCCGCGUAUUCGGGGGGGGUUUGUAACAUCGCCGCAUCUUCGGGGUUUAGCUACGCGAAGGUCUGUUAGCUUGAAGUCUUGCCUCCAACAGGUCAACCAUGGCAGCAGCGAAUGCGGUUUAUAACGUCACGACGGUGCAGGAGCCCAAGGCCGGAAAGUGGCUCAUCGUGCCCUCGGAGUAUCUGGAUAAAUGCCGCUUUGGCAUUAAGGUGGCGGCCGUGCUUUUCUCCCUGCUGGCCUUCAUCCUGGCAGCGACAGUCUACCUGUGUUCCUCCUGCCCGGCACUCUACUUCUUUCAGUUCGCCAGCUGUGCAGCCUUCCUCUUCACCGGCCUGCUUGUCUUCUUUCUCGCCACACCCUUCCACCGCAGGGUUGGCAUCUCCGACUGGCCCAUGCUGGACUUCUCAUACACUGUGGCCAUCGGCUUCCUCAUCUUCCUUGCCUCUGCCGCCUUUGCCUCUGAACACAGAUGGACUCUAGAGGUGCAAAUGUCAGUGGCAUUUGGGUUCAUAGCUUGUGUCCUGUUUCUGGUGGAUGCCGUGAUUUUUGUGAAGAUCAAGGGAUGGCCGUGUCACUCAAAGCCCCGGGCACCGCCGGAGCAGAGCGAGACCCCCGAAGCGGAGAAGCUCACUGUCCACAGUGAGGAAUAGGAUUUCGCGGCCUGGGUUACCUGGGUUACCUGGGUUACCUGGGUUACACCCUCUUCUGUCCUUCAUGCCCCCCCCACCGCCCUGCUUUGCUUCUAGUAUUUCAGAAAUCAGGGAGCAAGCCUUCAGCUGAAGCCUUCAAUUCAAUUGCCCCCCAUUGUUGUUUUUGGUUGGUGGUUCUUGCUGACAGCUGUGUCACCAAUUGCCUCCUGUAAAACUUGCUGGAAUGGAUGGGUCUGCUUUUCUGUUCCUCAGUGGGUCACAUGGUAACAUGCAUGGGUCUGUUUUUCCGUCCCGUACUGGGUUGCAUGGUAACAUGCGUGGGUCUGCUUUUCUGUCCCGCAGUGGGUCACAUGGUAACAUGCGUGGGUCUGCUUUUCCGUCCCGCAGUGGGUCACAUGGUAACAUGCGUGGGUCUGCUUUUCCGUCCCGCAGUGGGUCACAUAGUAACAUGCGUGGGUCUGCUUUUCUGUCCCGCAGAUGGUCACAUGGUAACAUGCAUGGGUCUGCUUUUCUGUCCCACAGAUGGUCACAUGGUAACAUGCGUGGGUCUGCUUUUCCGUCCCGCAGUGGGUCACAUGGUAACAUGCGUGGGUCUGCUUUUCCGUCCCGCAGUGGGUCACAUAGUAACAUGCGUGGGUCUGCUUUUCCGUCCCGUAGUGGGUCACAUGGUAACAUGCGUGGGUCUGCUUUUCCGUCCCGUAGUGGGUUGCAUGGUGACAUGCAUGGGUCUGCUUUUCCGUCCUGCAGUGGGUCACAUGGUAACAUGCGUGGGUCUGCUUUUCCGUCCCGCAGUGGGUCACAUGGUAACAUGCGUGGGUCUGCUUUUCCGUCCCGCAGUGGGUCACAUGGUAACAUGCGUGGGUCUGCUUUUCCGUCCCGCAGUGGGUUACAUGGUAACAUGCGUGGGUCUGCUUUUCCGUCCCGCAGUGGGUCACAUGGUAACAUGCGUGGGUCUGCUUUUCCGUCCCGUAGUGGGUCACAUGGUAACAUGCGUGGGUCUGCUUUUCCGUCCCGUAGUGGGUUGCAUGGUGACAUGCAUGGGUCUGCUUUUCCGUCCUGCAGUGGGUCACAUGGUGACAUGCGUGGGUCUGCUAUUCCAUCCUGCAGUGGGUUGCAUGCUGACAUGCAUGCAGUUAUUCUUCUGUUUUUUGUACAAUUGAUAUAAAUCAUUUUUUUAAGAGAUUACGUUGUAUUCCAGGCUUCACGCCAUUGCUAUCUGCACGUCUAUCCCAAGAUGCAAUCCACAAUGCAUAACAGUACAGGAAUAUAAAGACUCAGUCAGUGGUUUCCUGACAAUAGUUACGAAUCAACAUCCCAAACUUCUUGCCAAACUCCGUUUUUGGACUAAAGUUUGCAUUAUUACCAUAUAUUGCUUAUGUGCCAAAUAUUUCAGACAGUAGUCACUAAUGUUGUAUUCUGUUUCAUGCAUCUGUAAUUAAUCAUUACGGAACUUAAAAGAUAAUAAAAUGCAGUUUUAUUUUUUUACUGGAA